AUGUCGGGCAAUUUGUCAAAGCGCACCGUCCGCCUCGUUCGACGGAACUCGAAUUCCCUCGACGCGUUCGUUCCUCCACAGAAACCGGUGCCCCCACCACUCCCCCGCCUCGACGUGGAUCCACAUCGGUCUCCCGCGCGAAUCUUUAGGAACACGCAGUUUCCAUCGAAAAAGGACAGCGGAAAAAGGAAAAAAUCGAAGCACCAGCACGCAGCUCUCCACUCUGCAGCAGAAAACCGCCAACCGAAAUCGAAAUCGAAAUCGAAAUCGAAUCGAACCCAAAACGCACACAACGCCGCCAUCUCCAUCCGCAUUGAAGUUGCCAAUGGCGUCCGCGUCCCUCUCUCUCCGCCGUCUCCUCCCCCCCGCCCUCCCUCCCGCCGCGGCUCCCCCGCGCCCCCGCCGUCCGCCGCCCGGUGCCGCCCGGCCCGCGCCUCCGCCUCCUGCGCGUCCACCGCCGAGAGGCCGAGGCCGAUGGCCGCGGGGCCCCACUCCCAGUCCUCCUCCUCGCUGUACGACGUGCUGGGGAUCCGGGCCGGCGCCACGGGCCAGGAGAUCAAGACCGCCUACCGGAGGCUCGCCAGGGUGCUGCACCCGGACGUCGCCGCGUCCGCCGGCGCGGGGGCGGCGGCGGCGGGGCGCGAGUUCAUGCGUGUCCACGAGGCGUACGCCACUCUCUCGGAUCCAGACCGGCGGGCCGACUACGACCGGACGCUGUUCCAGGGGCCUGGCCGGUUCGCCGUGUCGACCGCGGCGACGGCGCAUGGCCCGAGCCGGAGGUGGGAGACGGAUCAGUGCUGGUAGCUAGGAGGGCCCACGAGUUAGUGUUAGAGAUAAGUUGAUAAGAUCAAAGUCGUUGGGGGAUGAUGGCGGCCUGCAUUUUAAGUGGCUCCACUUCUGAUCCCUGAUGAAGAUUAGUUAGGCUUUUAGCACUUUUUUUGAAGUUGUCGGGAUUGAGGACACGAGCAUGUAUGUAUAUUUCCAGGGGAGUUUUUGUACCAGAUGUUGGCGCCCUUUUUCGACAGCCUGAAAUCUCAAUAGAAUGUGUUUCCUUUACCUUUGCA